CAGGAAGUAAGUGAACAGCGCUUCCAGAAUGUCGACUCUGCACAUUUGAGGGGAAACAGGUGAAACAGACAUGUGGUGGCUGCUGUGGCUGCUCGCCGUCCUGCUGGUUCUGUUCACCUGCCUGGACGUGUGGUACUUCCUGCGGGUGGGCGCGGUGUUCCUGCGGUCCUGGUUCCAGCCUCCGGUCUGGGACGUCACGGCGGAGCAGGUGCUGACGGGCCGGGUCACCCCGAGGGACAUCGACAUGUGCCACAUGAACAACGCCCGCUACCUCCGAGAGUGCGACAUGGGCCGCUGCUCCCUCUUCAUGCGCAACGGGGUCUUCAAAGCGCUGCGGGCCCUCAAGGCCUCGCUGGUGGUGGGGGCCACCACCAUCCAUUUCCGCAGGGCCCUGUGCAUCGCGGAGGCCUACGAGCUGCGGAGCCGCAUCGUCAGCUGGGACGACAAAGCCUUUUACCUGGAGCAGAGAUUUGUCUCGACGAAAGACGGCUUGGUGUGUGCGAUCAUGUACUGCAAGAUGAAUAUCGUACGCUCCAGUCCGGACCAGAUCAUGCAGCACCUGUGCAAGAGAAAGGUGGAGUGUCCUGAGUUUCCAGAAGACCUCCAGCACUGGCUCAACUUCAUCUCGGCCAGCAGCCAGGCUCUCCGUGCUGAGAGCGGACUCGAGGAGAAGAACAAAUAGGACAUUGCUUGCCGAGCGACAGAUGCUGGGACACCCAGCUCACCGGCUCUGAAGUCUUCAGGGAGAAAGACAGAGAUCUUCUCUACCAUUACAUGACUUGAACACGCGUGCCUUUUUUCUUUAAAGAGGCAAAUGCUCAGAGAUGUGAAACUCUCAAACACACUAAUUGUUUACAGAGAUCAUGUUGGUUAUAUUUAACUAAGCUGUGCGAUUGUAUGACGUGUUCGACCUUGUAUAUUGACAGCAAUAAAUAUAAACUAAAUGCUUUUU